UCCUGCCCGGCCCGGUGAAGGCCCUGCCGGGCGGCGGCGACGGCAGCGGCGUCCGAGCCAUGGUAGCUCUGGAGGACCCGGAGGGCGGCCCGGAGGUGGCGACGGCGGAGGGCGCCCCGGGCGGGCGGCGGCUGCUGCCUCUUCCGGGCUGUCUGCCCACUUUGGCCAGCUCCCAGGUGAAGAGACUUUCGGCUUCCAAGCGGAAGCAACACUUCAUCAACCAGGCGGUGAGGAACUCAGACCUCGUGCCCAAGGCCAAGGGGCGGAAGAGCCUCCAGCGCCUGGAAAACACCCAGUACCUCUUGACCCUGUUGGAGACAGACGGGGGCCCACCUAGCCUGGAGGACGGGGAUCUGGCACACCCUGCAGCACCGGGCAUCUUUGCGGAGGCCUGCAACAAUGCCACCUACGUGGAGGUCUGGAACGACUUCAUGAACCGCUCGGGGGAGGAGCAGGAGCGUGUCCUGCGCUACCUGGAGGACGAGGGCAGGACCAAGGCCCGGAGGCGUGGUCCUGGCCGCGGGGAGGACCAGCGGAGAGAGGACCCGGCCUACACACCCCGCGAGUGCUUCCAGCGCAUCAGUCGGCGUCUGCGAGCCGUGCUCAAGCGGAGCCGCAUCCCCAUGGAGACGCUGGAGACCUGGGAGGAGCGGCUGCUCAGGUUCUUCUCCGUGUCCCCCCAGGCCGUGUACACGGCCAUGCUGGACAACAGCUUCGAGAGGCUCCUGCUUCACGCCGUCUGCCAGUACAUGGACCUCAUCUCGGCCAGUGCAGACCUGGAGGGCAGGCGGCAGAUGAAAGUCAGCAACCGUCACCUGGACUUUUGGCCGCCGGGGCUGCUCCUGUCUGCCUACCUGGAGCAGCACAGCUGAUGGCGACCCCGGUGUCCCCACCUGCCUGCACGCCCAGCGCCAAGACCUCUGCUAAAACAUCUUUGAUAUUUUUAGAAUUCGUCCUUGGAAACCUCUUUCCCUUGGGGUGGUCUUUCUUACCUUCGCCCCCUCCUCACCGCUCUGGGCCAUCAACACUGGCAGCUGCUGGGACUGUCCAGACCAUCCCAGCCGCAUAGCGCCACCCUGCUCUGGGACUUCUAUUUGGGUGGGGAGACCUGACUGGGCACUUCCAUGUUUCUUCUUGGUGUAGCUUUUUUGGCCCAGUGUGAAGCUCGAGUGAGGAGGGAGAGGCUGGGUUUUUAUCGCUUUUAAUGAAUUUGGUGUGAUUUGUUGUAGAUUUUUAAAUUCCCCUUUUGGAGAGAAAAACCAAAAACUCACCCUAUCUGAUAAAUCAUGGGACUUGGUCCCAGCCCUUGUUCGACCCCUCCCAGUUUGUAGCUUGAAUGUGGCGGUGGGGGUCCCUGGGACCCCGGCUGUCACCCCAGAAGCAUCUCGUCUCAUGUGUGUACGUGUGCAUCCCGCGACCUAGGGCGGAAGCUGUGUUUUAAGGGCUGGUUUUAUCCUCUUUUUGUUCUGCGUGUCCUCCCUUGGCCCCCUCCUUUGGCAGCUCUCGGGGUCCCGCCUGCCCUCCACGUCCUUGUCUCUGCCUUCCUCCCCCUCCCUGCAUUCUGGGGUGCAGGACUUCCAGCCAGAAGCCUCUGCCCUCAGACUGCCCUGUCCCCUCCCUGUGUCCCCUCCAUCCCCCCAGCCUGGCUCUGGCCUGACAGCUCGGGGUGCCCCCAUGCUGGUUCCCUGGCCUGGGCCACCGCAGCAGGCCUGGGGGGACCCCCACCCCCUUGCUGUGUGUGGGUAGUUGUGCUUUGGGAGACUGUGGAGGGUUCAAUAAAUUUCUGGUGCUCUGGCCUGGGGCUGUGUGGGUUUUUCUUGGGGGUGGGGCUGGGGACACAGUAGGUCCUGGUCACUGCGGGCUGCAGGUACACCCCCUGCCCCUCCCUGCCCACUCGCCCCGUCUCGGGUGCCUGGGGUCCAACCCUGGCUCUGCCACUUGCCUGCUGUGUGGCCUUGGA